CUCUCAAUAAUUUUUAAUGAUAAAACGCCUAAUUUGCUUUCUUCUUCCAUUUUUGGGUAAGUUUUUUUUUUAUUCCUUUAGCCAUUUAGCAUUUUUAUAGUAAAUACCCGCUACUAAACUCUCCUUCAAUAAAUCCACAACGGUUAGAGAAUAUCAACAUUUAUGUGUCUUAUGUCUGGGGUUCAAAACAAUUUUUUAAUGAGUAACUAUAACAUUUUUUUUUUUUUUUGGAAGCUUAUUACCCCCUAAAUACAUCUCUACUUUAACUCUGUUAAUGCACUCAUUUUUUAACCGGAUAUUUUUGGCACAAGUUUUUUUUAAACCGAAUCAAAUGUUACAGAUCAAUUGUCCCCGGAUAUUAAAACAUAAACAUGUAUAGUUUUAGGCGCUAUGAAAACUUAAAUUUAUAUUUUUAUUUAUUUAUUAUUUUUAAUCAAAUAAAACGUAUAAGAAAAGAAAAUUACAACCCAACGUUGGUUACACAUCAUUUACAAUAUAAUUUGCAUUUAAUUGUAGUGGUGAUGUUGAGUUCAUAAAAACAGAAUUUAUUUAUACAAAACAAUAUAGGUAGAACUAAUAGAAGUCAAUAUGGAUAUAAUAUUAAUAUACAAUCAAAAGUAGUUAUAGUUUAUAAUUUAUAAAAAUAUUAGUUUGAAAGAAGUAAAUUUAAAAAAAAAAUUAUUUUGGAAUCUUAUUUAAGGAGAUCCACAUAAAGUUAAUCUAUGAUAUUGCUUACCUCUCCCUCCAUCUUCCCAGAACAAAAUUAUUACUACACCUCUAACUCCGUCAGUAUAGAAUCUAUACUAUAAUGUCUAUAUAGUAUUUGAAUUAUCUAGUAUAGAUAGACGACCAGUCAAUCCAAUAGGAAAUUUGAUUAUUAAUCGGAUCGCUAAUCACGAUUUUAAAAAACACAGAUUUCUAUCCAUAUAAUAUAUCCUGAUGAAUAGUGAAAUUAUGAGUAUUAGGCUAAUACGGAGUUUUCUUUGUUGAGUGUGGCGUUGAUAUUUCAUACUAUUUAAUGAAUAUAAUAUGUAAGGUAUUUUACCUAAUAAUAAUUUCGAAAAUUAAUUACAGUUUUUUUUUCUUUGGUAUUAAAAUUUAAAAUAAUAAAUUUGAAUUAAAAAUAUUACUUAGGUAACUGCUUGGUUAUUCUGGUAUAAUAUCAGAUUGGAAAAUCGUUACAUACAUAUAGUGGACAUCUAAAACUUGAAAAACCGACGUUUAAUGAACAAUGAGGACCAUCAUAAAGAGAAAUUGAAUGUUAUUUAUACAAUAUAUUGUAUAAUUUAGUAUACAGAGUGAUCAAUCUAGCGUGAGACACUCAUUAUCUCAAAAGUAUUAACUUUUUUCAGAAUUUGCUUUAUUGAACAUUUAAGAUACAAGCAACACUAACAUUUUAGGUGGUUUAUGUUAUUUUUUGUCAUCCUUAUGUUUAGAGGUAAAACUACCGCCUACUUUUAAUUUUCAAACGGCCACCUAUAAUAAAAAUUCUAUAAAAAUAUGGAUAGUAUUAAUUAAAAUAAAUACUGUUGUUGAAAUUUUUGAUUUCCAUCAGUUCAUCGACGAGAUAUUCCACUUUUAAGUAUGGGUCGGUAAGAAUAUAUAGUGGUGCAAAAUUAAAAGUAUAUAAUGGUUUUAGCCCCGAAAAUAAAGGUCACCAAAAUAUAAUACCUGCAGGUACACAGAUGAUGUCAUCGGAAUUUAACAAUUACAACUAUACUUAUACUUAUCAUAAAAAAAAGACACACACAUUUAGUAAAACCAAUAGAUACGCUCUGAAUUUAAAAGUGCUAUUCAUAUUAUACCAGUGGUUUUCAAAAUUUAUUUUAUAAACUUACUUAAAAAGUCUCCCUACAUAAAAACAUAAUAUUAACUUGAAUUUUCUACAAGAAAAUUAUUCAAUAUAUGGGUCAAAUGUAUAGGUUUAGUGUAACUAUACGUAUUAUAUGGAAUAAAUAGUGAUUUUUAGAGAAAAAAUAUUUGAGAAAAGUUUGGAAACCGCGCUGAUUUACCACUACACCAUUCCCAUGUUAAUCCAGAUAAACUCUACAAAUACCGGUCGAUGUAAUAAAAGACAACCGAAAAAAAAAAAUGAAACAGACACUCGUCACGCCCUGUUGUUGUGAGUCCGUUGUUAAGAGAAAAUUUCAACUGUAAUAUAAUAUAUAUUACCUAUAUCUAAUUCUGCGAAAUGGAAAAAUGGAUUGGAAAAGUAGCCGUGGUCACCGGAGCUUCGUCUGGAAUCGGGGCUGAAACGUGCAGACAAUUGGUGGACAGAGGAAUGGUCGUCGUCGGGUUCGCUAGGAGAUUAGAAAAGCUUCAAGUACCUACCUAAUAUGUUUCCCAUCAGAUGGAAUUUUUUUUUAUAUAUAUAUUUUUGAAAACUCAAAAUUGUAAUCAAAAUAAUAUAAAGAAGAAUAAAAAAAGUGAUCAUUUUUUUUAUUAAGGCGUUGCAGAAAGAAUUGAAUGGAAAACGAGGCAAAUUUCAUUUCGUAAAGGUCGACUUGUGUUCCGAAGAAAACAUCGUGAAAGCUUUCAAAUGGGUGAAGAGUACAUUAAAAUCAGUCGAUGUACUUGUCAACAACGCUGGAGUUUAUAAAGAUAGCGAUGUAGUAGAGGGUUUGUAUUGAUUUGUGAAUGUUCAUAGAAAUUAAUACCUAUAAUUAUUUUAGAUUUUGAUUGAUGUAUUUUUUUAUUUUUUUUUUUUUAACGCUGUGAGCAACUUUUAUACUAGAAAUCUCGCUCUAACUAAAAAAUGAAAAGACACUUUAUUGAUGAAUUACAAAAUUUUAGUUGGUUUAUUACGGUGGCGCUUUUUUGAUUUUCCAAGCGGUUUUCAUAAUAUUUAGGAAAAACCGAAAAAAAAAGGCUACGAAAAAAGACGUAUUUACGGUGACGUUAGCGAUUUAUUUAUUUUAAAUUUUGUCAAAGUCCAUUUUCAACCAGAAACCAUAUUUCAUUUUUUAUGUGUUACCAUUAUUUCUGAAAAUAGAAAUAAAAAUUUACUCCGCAUUCACAAAAAAAAUUAUUUUAUUAUCAUUUUAUAUAUUUUAGGAUUUCCAGUACACAUUUUAAACACGUUUAAUUUAACACUUUUUAAUUCUAGUUGAAAGCAAAAAUAUUUUUUUCGGUUAUUCGACGGAUCGUUUAAUCCCUUCUACACUGACAGAAAAUUAUCCAUCCCACUCUACGAUUUUAUCGAAGGAAAUGGAAACAUUGAACUAAUUAAUUGAAAUUUUGUGAUUUAAAGAAGUAUUCCGGCGACGUCAUAUGCGUGUGUCAUGUUGUGUUUACAUAUGAAAUAUAUACCAGGUGAUCCAUUUAAAUCGGUACACUCAUUAUCUAAGAAGGUAUUCAUUUUUUACUAAAACCAGCGCGCACAGCUUGUUUAUAAUGCACUAUUACUCUCUUCCAACCCAAUCUUAAAAGCGGAAUAUCUCGUCAACGACUAGACAGAAAUCAAAAAUGUCAAUACUAUAAUUUAUUUUAACUAAUACUCCAUCUAUGUAUGGACUUUUUAUUAUAUGUAGCCAUUUGUUAGCCAAAAGUAGGUGGGGGUUUUGCCCCCAAAAAAAAGGAUGACAAAAAUAACACAAAUAUACAAUUGUAGAGUAGCUUGUUUCUUAAAUGUUCUAGAAAACAAAUUCUAGAAAAAGUUAAUACGUUCCGAGAUAAUGAGUGUAACCACUUAAAUGCAUCACUUGGUACUAUACCGAUAGCAGCAAAAAAUAUACUAACCAUUAUUGUAAUCCAACCGUCGAAUAAUGAGUUUAGCUUAACUCUGAAAAUUUUCCAGAGUAUUGAUUACUAAAUGCGUUGUCAAGAUUACAACGGCCAAUAAAAAUGUACCAAAUAGCACACGACACGAUACACUUGACAUCGCUGGAAUACCGUUUUAAUUUGAAUCUCAAAUUCGUAAUUAUACAUAUUUAUCAAAAUAAUUAAUUUACAGGGAACCCGGGCGAUUGGAAAUUAAUGUUCGACACUAACGUAUUGGCGUCGUGUAUAUGCAGUAAAGAAACAGUGAAAAUCAUGAAAGAAUUGAAAAUCAACGGUCACAUCGUGAACAUCAAUAGGUUAGGUUAAAUCUGUGGCACCGAAAUAGUUUAAAAAUACUCGAGCUAAUAAGCCCGAUCAUUAUAUUAUUAUUUAACAUAAAAUAUAUACCAACGUAUAUUAAAUUACAUAGUUAAUAAUACUAUUUAUAGUUAGAUUAUUAUUAUUAUUAUUAGAUACAAAUACUACUCAUACUAGGUAUAUUUCUCACCGCUGGCGUCACCCACCGAACCACCACCAAAAAAAUUGUUCAAACGGUCAACCGCGACCUGUACCCCGAGUUCGAUACCCUAGACUAUAUACGAUUAUUUCUGUUAUAUCGUCAAUUCUUAUAGAUAAAUGAUCUUUUUUAAAUUAUGUAUUUUUAGUGAUGUCGGUCACUAUCCGCCUACGUUGAUGCCAAACUUUAUCAUCUACGGUGCGACCAAGUUAAGUAGCGUUUCGAUCACUGAGAGUUUACGAGAACAGUUGGCCCUGCAAGAGUUACCGAUUAGAGUAACGGUAAUUUAUUUAAGUAUUUUUUUUUUUUUUUUUGUUACUUUUGAAGUGAUAAUAACAUCAUCCCACAAUUCAUGAUAUUAUUUCUCGUAAAAAUUCAUACGACUGUACAUGCCAUAAUAAGCUGAUGUUACAAUAUUUUGAAGUAAACAUGUAAACAUUUUAUAAAUCUGCGUUCUAAUAAAUCAUUUAUUCCGCUUUUAGAGUAUUAGUCCAGGACUAGUAAAUACGGAAAUGGUUAAGGAAUUUUACGAUUUGCUGAAAUUGGAACCGUCAAACAUAGCGGAUGCGAUUUUAUACGCUUUAGCAGUACCGCAAUCGGUUAACGUAAGUAGUUAUACCUAUUUCGUUAUACGAAUUGUCAAUUUUUCACAUUAUUAGUGAAACUAUUUUAGAGAGAAUUUUUAAUCGUAUUGAUAGUAAUACCAUUUGUAUGGAUAUUAUUAUAUUAUUGUUUGUUAUUAGAUAAAAUAGAGCUGCUGUCAUGGCCACGUUUGUUUUUCGAACAAUAUUAAUUUUAUUUUUCCUUCACAGAUCACCGAAAUAAUUAUAAGACCAACGGGUGAAACCAUGUUACCUUAUAUCAAAAGCGCAAUGAAUAUUAAUUAGGACAUAAUUAAUAGUAAUAACGAAUCUAUUUUUAUAAUUCCGUGGCUAUGAUUUAUUACGACAUUGAAAAUAAUAUUAUAAAUAUACCAAUACUUUAGUAUUUAACAUGCUUUACACAGGUAACUGUUAAGUGAAUAUUGUAAUUUGUAUUAUUCAUUUUCGAUUGCCUUCUAUAUUUAACGUUAAGUAAGAUAAAUAUAGAAUAAAUUUAGAAUUUUAGUUUGUACGAGUUAUGUGUUUACUUAUUAAAGCUAAAAAAUCAUAAAUUAUAAUUUAAAAGCAAUUACAAUAAUAAAUUCGAAAUUAUAAGCGUGAAUCACAUUGAUAAAUGUGUGACACUAUAAUUGGAUACAAAAAAUGAAAAAAAGGACGGUCAUAUUUCGCGCGAUGGAUGUAGCCAAUGUUGUUGAUGAGAAGUUGGGAAGGUAGGAUAUAGAAGAAAAAUUAAUUUGUAUCUAUAAUCAACAAUAAACCAUUGCUCACGAAAUAACGGUUCCCGAGCACAGUUCAGUUGAUAGUGAUGCUUUGUCAACAAUAUAUAUGCCAUAUUAUAAUAAAAUAAUUAAUUAGGCAUUAUUAUAUUGACAUCGCUACAUUGUUGUACUAAUAAUAUUCUUUAUAAUCCCUAUUGAAUUUAUAUUGUUUGUAAAACUUUUUUUUUUUAAUCGAUAUGUUUACUUUUUGUCGAAAACAUUUCAUUCGAACAUGUACCGCAGAGAUUAUAUUACUAGAUCCUAUAAAAUCAAAUAGUUUCGUAUUAAUUAAUA